CUUCGUCGUGAGGCGAGGCUGAGGCGGGAGUACCUCUACAGGAAGGCACAGGAGGACAGGCUGCGAACAAUAGAGGAGAAGAAACAUAAGCUGAAGGGCGCACUGGAGGACAAUUGCCUCCUUCCAACUGAGGUACGCAAAGAUGCUCUGCAACUGCAGAAACUACUGGAGUACGAUGAUGAAGGGGCAGAAGGGGUCAGCUCACACAUGGAUGACGAGUAUAAAUGGGCUGGAGUAGAAGAUCCAAAAGUCAUGGUCACCACAUCGAGAGACCCGAGCUCCAGGCUGAAAAUGUUCGCCAAGGAGGUAAAAUUGAUGUUUCCUGGAGCGCAGCGCAUGAACAGAGGAAACCACGAGAUCGAUGGCCUGGUGCAAGCGUGCAAAGCCAACAACGUUACAGACCUCGUCAUCAUCCAUGAAACAAGAGGACAGCCAGAUGGUCUCGUUGUGUGCCACUUGCCAUUUGGACCCACAGCCUAUUUCACACUUUACAAUGUGGUAAUGAGGCACGAUGUUCCUGACAUAGGCACCAUGUCUGAGGCCUUCCCCCACCUCAUUUUUCACAACUUCACCUCACGGCUCGGCAGCAGGGUAUCGAAUAUCCUCAAGUAUCUUUUUCCAGUGCCGAAGGAAGACAGCAGGCGUGUAAUCACUUUUGCCAACCAGGAGGACUACAUCUCUUUCAGACAUCACACCUACAAGAAAACGGACCAUAAGAACAUCGAACUGACAGAAGUUGGGCCCAGGUUUGAAAUGAAGUUGUACAUGAUCAAACUUGGCACCCUGGAGAACGAGAAGACGGCAGAUGUUGAGUGGCGUCACCAUGCUUAUACACACACAUCAAAGAAAAGGAGGUUCCUCAGUGUGCAGUAGGAGGAAUAAGUGUACAGAUCUGUUAGAAACAACUUCCUGGGUGAAUUUUUGACAACCAUUGAGAUUUAAAAAAAAUAAGUUUAAGAAAAUGUGAAAAGUCCUACUUAUUGACCAGUAAUGUGGAUUUUUGCAGUCUGGAGAAUGAUAAAAUGUUGUGUAUGCCAGUGGGUUAACUGUGUAUAUAUUUUAUUUUAUAUUAAAA